CUAUUCUUGUUUUUCUCUUCCUUUUCAGAUCUCAAACCCUAAUUCCCUAAUCCUUGUCGCUCCUCUUUGAAAUCGAAAAUUAGGGAGGAUUUUUGGCAAAAGUAAAAUCAAGAGGAAGAGAAGGGCGAGGAUGUUCGAUAUUCAGAAAUGACCAAGGUUCAUCUUCGCAAUCUUCAUCUUCUCAAACGACAUCGUUGUCGUCUUCUUCUUCUCCGAUGGAGAAAGAUGGAGAGCAACAGCAACGGCAGCAACGACAACAACAGCUGCAAGGACAGAUAGUUGGGCCUCGAUGUGCGUCAAGUUAUUCGGUGGUAAAUGCGAUAAUAGAUAAGAAAGAGGAUGGAGCUGGGCCGAGGUGCGGCCAUACUUUGACAGCGGUUCCGGCGGUCGGGGAAGAAGGUAGUCCAGGUUAUAUUGGGCCUAGGUUCAUCCUUUUUGGUGGUGCUACUGCUCUUGAAGGCAAUUCUGCUGCCACCGGAACUCCGUCCUCCGCUGGAAGUGCUGGCAUCAAGGGAUCAACAAAUUCACAAGGAGUUGUUGUUGCGGUUACUCGCUUCCUGAUGGAGCAGAAACGACCAAUUGGUCCACUUGUGGUUGUGGGAGUUAAAGAUGGAGUACUCUGGCUAAUUGACAGGUAGCAAAGGAUCAUGAGUUAGAUCAAGUUAAUCAAGAACAAGAAGUAAAAUUCAUGGAGUUUAUGUCUGCGGCAGAGACUCUUAUAAAGUAUUUGACGAUAGAAAACAAGAGGUUGUGUGAUGAUAUUGAUGAAUUACCGAAAGAAGUUGUCUCGUCGAGAACUGCUAAAGACCAACAAUAUGAUGAUUUUCAGCAACGUUUAAUGGAGGAAAAACAGAAGAGUCGAGAGCUUUCUGCUGAGGUUGAGCAAUUGUGCCAGCUACAGCAAGAGAAACCCCACUCUAGCAACAGAACUGACCAACAUGAGGAGAAAAUUGUAAACAUUACUCGUAGCCCGUCUAUAUCCUGAGGGAAAUUUACUGAAUCACCAAUGAGAAUGACUAGGAAACGUGCCAAACUUGCGUUUGAGACUGAUUCUGCUAGAAACAAUGUGUCAGUUGGUCUUCUUGAGCUAUCAACUGGGAGGGGAAUAUCUUCAGAUCAACCAAAAAUUGAUGUUCCAAUUGCAAAUGCACAGGUAUUUGAUUGGCUCUAUUCUUAAGGAAUGGUAUUGAAUUUUCUAAACUGAUUUCUCCAUGUGUGGACAUACAGUCAGAGUAUUGUCAGAGUAACCUCGACAACGAAGGUGCAUGGGUCUAUGAAAUUGCCCUACCAUUCAAGUUUAGAAACCAUUGUCAAUUUGCAGAGAAACUAGGAGUACUUGCUAACUAACAUGUAUAGAUUUUUGGUAUAGUUUUUGCAAUUUCCAGUUUUAUGUUCUUUUUCAUUUUGCAAUUAUUGAUCUUUUUUUUGGGUUGAAUUUGCAGAUUGAAUUGCGUUCAAGUUGAAGUUUUAUGUUGAAGAUUCACUGAAGGUUGAAUGUCGGUUGAAGAUGGAAUUUCUACAUUUUUUUAUUUUUUUUUAUUUCCUCUUCCGAAUGUUUGUAUCAAUUCGUCAAAAUUGUUCGUAAUAAGAUUAUACUUCUAGUUUCCUUUAUUAAUUUAUAAUGUUAUUUUUUUUUUUGAUGUAAGAAUGUGCUUGUAACUGUUACUUUACUAAUAACACAAUGUUGACGCUUACAAGUGUCUAUAUGGUAGCUUCAGAUUGCGACAUAUUCAAUUGCAAUGAUGCUAAAAAGCCUCAACAUUUUCGAAGCCAAUGAGUGUCGUUAAUUAUCGGUGGCUAAAUGUUCGCUGCUCCUUUAGGGAGUCGAUAAUUUUUUAUUUCAAUGCUUAUAAACGUCAAAAAAUCCCAAAAAAAUUGUCGAAAAUGUGGAAAUUCUAGUUGUUGCAUCUAAAAACAUCCUUUAGCGACAGACUUAUGGUUGCAUUAGAUGCAACUUAAAAUUAGAGACAAACUUAUGGGUGCCUCUAAAUAUAAAUGGUC